AUGGAGGGAACGGGGUCAGGCCGCGGGUCGACAGCCACUACUACUGCUGUAAAACACUUCCCGUCGACACCGCGUAUUGCGCAACCGCCGCACUACCAGACCGUCCCCGCCCCGACCCCGCCGGCCAGAUACCUCGCCCAUACCGCUCGGCGGCGGCCGCGACCGUCCGACAGGUCGGUCUCUCCGGCCGCGACACCAAUUGAUAACCGCCACCCCCACCCGCCCGCACCGCACCACAAUCUCGUGCUUGCGCUCUCCACGAUCACCCGUAGCCCGUUCCCCACUUCACCCCACCGCCAGUGA